UUCAAAAGUGAGUACAACUAGCACAUUAUGUCUCAAUAAGCUUGUCAAGAAGAAUAAGAAUAAGCUUGUCAAUGUUUAUAGACGAAAGUUGUAUAGUAAUUUUGGAUAUUUUUUGUGUGUGUUUUGUUUUUCUCUUCCUUUUGGUGUUUUGUUGAGUAGUACAACAAACUCACCAUGCCUUGGACAAAGGGCAUCUUACUUUUCACAAUGUCUGUGACUAUGUUGACUUUAAUGGCUAGUCCUGCAUCCUUUUCUGAAACUGGUGCUGCUUACAGAGCAGUCUCUGAAAACACUGUCCAAUUUGGCAAACUUUUAAUUGGUGCUCAAGUUGUAUCUGAUAAAGAAAUGGAAAUAUCUGGGCUGAGGUCAGCAGAACCAUCUGUCAAAUACCAGUCAAAUGAAGAAGAGCGGUUCCACCUUGCUAAAAAGAAGCUGCGACGUCUGGGUCCCUUUGUGCAAUGUGGAAAUGAUUCAAUGACAUUGCGCAUUCCAGGACAAAUAAGGAUGCCACACUUUCUGGUUGAUCGAGGAGUUGAGUCACCAGUGCCUUUGACUGAGAUGCCAGACAGCUGUGGUUUCUCACUGAAGCGGGCACGCAGAGAUGUUUCUCUUGAUGCUUCAUACCAGGCCUGUCAUGUCAGACAACAGUGUGGGCGUUAUAUUUUGCCACUCUUUAUAAUGGGGGCUCCAGUGCAAAUGUCUUGCCCUGUGAGUCCUCCCCUCCCCACAGUGUCUUGCUUCCCUUCUGAAAUGAUUAUUUCUCUUGCUGUCAGAGCAGAUAAUGUUAAAGUUCAAGUUGAUGGAUCAUGGCAGCCUCUGCUUCUAGCAUAUUCGAAAUGUUCACUCACAUUGGAGACGGUUGACGGUUCAUUGGUUGUCACUGCGCCAUUCACAGGAAGCUGUUGGGAAAUUAAGGAUACUGAUAUGCAGCUCCCUUUGAUGUAUGGUGACCGGGAAGUGACUCUUUCUUGCCCUUUGACACAACCAACACUGGCCCCAACAACCAUUGAACCGCUCCAGGACCCAACUGACAGUCAACAAAUGUUUUACCCUUUCCCAGUUGGAAGACCCUGGCGGUAUCCUCCAUAUUCUCAUGGUCGCCCGGAUGUAACACCUGUACCGCCCACUGUGCCACCUACUACGACGACGACGACUACACUUCAAGACCCUGACCACCAAAUGUUCCAACAAAUGUAUCCUAUGCCAAUGUUUGAUCCGUAUUACUUUAAUUCUGGAGGUUACCCUGUAGCACCUCAACAGUCCAGGUACCUGAUGUUUCAUCCCUAUAUGUACCACUACAAGAGACCACUUGAAGCAACAACUAAACCUUCCACAAACACCGCUACCCAGUUUGCAGGUUAUCCUCCACUGUACCCAAAGUUUUAUGGCCUUCAACCUUUAGUGCCUCCUGGUGUUAAGUACCCAUUCAUGCCCUAGUAUCAUUAGGAAAAAUGAUCCCCCAAAUCUGUGUCUUCUGUUUGGUCAUCCUCUAUCUACUGGUCAAAGAAUGAGUGGGAUGAGUAAGUGUGGAGGUAUUCCAAAGUGGCAAUUGAUCCCGGAAGAGAUUUCAGUUACUUAUGUAGUGCUUAAUAAAACUUCA